AGCCUUGUUCUCGAUUUCUCCAUCCAGUGAUGGCUUCAUCAUGUCCAGCUUGACUGGGCUUAGCCUUUCCUCUUCUCAGUGCCACAAUUCUCUAUCAUCCGCCAGAUCUUCCCCCUUGGCCAAUGAAUUCGAUACGUGAUCCCAUUGUGCGAUUUCUGACAUGAAAGAAAAAUCCAAAUUUGGCUUUCUCCUUGACUAGCUACUCAUUCCUUACCUUGUAUUGGUUCCUGACUAGCCCAAAUCACCUUGAAUCAUGAAUGUCACUGUGGUGUUGAAUCUUAUCACCAGACUUCUCCCUUCUAAACAAAUCCAGCCUCUUCGGUUUUAUUUACUCGAAUCUCAUUUCUCACCUGCUUGCUUGACAUGAAUAACCCAUAUCGAAAAAGCAGUUACGGCGGGCACGACGGCCCUGGCCCGACUGAUACGUCACGAAGGUCUAUGGACGCCAGUGGCCCUCACGAGGCAACCUCAACAGGAUACCGCCACAGUAUUGAUCCUGGACGAGGUUCAGGUUCGGGUGGUCACGGCGGCAUGUUCAGUAUUCCAGAGUACUCGAGCCCUGCCUCAGACUCUGAAUCUACGUCUGGCUCAGGAACUCAGAUCGACGAGCGAAAUCGAUACUUUCAUUCAAGGAGAGUGAAACCAGGCGAGGUUGAGAAACCGUGGCUUGAGAAGACCAACCCUAAAGAAAAAUGGGUGACUAUCCUUCCCAUUCUUGCCAUCUUCCUCGGCCUCGCGGGUUCUGGCUUUCUUGUCUGGGAUGGCAUUCGGAGUGUAGUCAAGAACAAGUAUUGUCUUGUUAUGGAUGAGGAUUUCAGCCAAGGUCUGAACCCCAACAUUUGGACUAAGGAAGUCGAAGUUGGUGGCUAUGGAAACGGUCAAUUCGAGCAGACAACUAACACAGACGAGAACGUCUAUGUCGAAGAUGGUAAACUCAUCAUCAAGGCGACUUUGCAGGAUCCCAAGUUAAUGCAGAAGAACAACGUCAUCAAUCUUCUCAAGGCCGGCACUUGCACCUCUAAAGUCUGGUCCAACUGUGUUGCCUCCACCAAUUUGACUGCUGGAAAUAACAGCGUGGUUCCUCCCGCUCGAUCUGGUCGCAUCAAUACCAAGAAGGGCGCCAACAUUAGGUAUGGCCGCAUCGAGGUCACCGCCAAGCUCCCUGAGGGUGACUGGCUCUGGCCUGCUAUCUGGAUGCUCCCAAGACAGAGUGUCUACGGUGCCUGGCCUAGAUCUGGCGAGAUCGACAUCAUUGAAUCUCGCGGAAACAAUUGGACGUACAAACAAGGCGGAAACGACAUUGUUUCCUCGGCACUACACUGGGGUCCCAACUCUGCCAACGAUGGCUGGUGGAAGACCAACAACAAGCGAAAAGCCCUUCACACCACCUAUAGCGCUGGUUUCAACAUGUUUGGCUUGGAGUGGUCUGAAAAAUACCUCUUCACUUAUGUCAACACCCGACUCCUCCAAGUCACAUACACCAACUUCAAGAAGCCCAUGUAUAAACGAGGGGGGUUCCCCGACGUGGAUCAGAAUGGCACCCGGCUCACUGAUCCAUGGACCAUCUCACCUAAUGUGAACGCGCCGUUCGAUCAGGAGUUUUAUCUCAUUCUCAAUGUCGCCGUGGGCGGCACGAAUGGGUGGUUUGAGGAUGGAAAGUCUGAUAAACCGUGGUACGAUGCCUCGCCGACGGCAAAGAAGGACUUUUGGGACGCAAGAGAGCGGUGGUAUCCAACUUGGACACAGCCACAGCUUGAAGUCAGCCGAGUACUCAUGAUGCAACAGUGCAAUAGCAAUGAGGAUCUAUAA